GACGCCGGUUGCUAACAAGGUGUCGCUGCCAACAGUCAGGGUCAGGUGUAGCAUUACCUAGCCUCACCCUCACCUCGGGAGUGUUGGUCUCAGACUCAUAAUCGGGCUUGGGCUGGCUUGGUCGGACUCGACCAAGAGACAUUCUGUCCUCUUUUGUCCUGUCUCAAUGGUCCUUGGCCCGGCUCUUCCACCUGUCCUGUUCCACCCACUCGGUCGCGGGUCUUCCAAGGCCCAUCUGUCCCGGCCCCAGCGCAGCUUGUCAUUGCAGGCCCCCCACCCCAAAUAGGAAAAGGCCAGACCUCCAGAGCUGCCACCUAAGUACCUGCCAACGACGACCAGAGCUUCGCCAGCUCCUCCACACCACCCCUCGACACCCACGACGGCGCCCUUCCGUGCCACACGCACACGCACACACUCACGCCCACAACUCACACACUCACAACCCGAUCAAGGGCGGCGCCUCGUUUCUGCUCAGUCCAGCAACAAGAUUCUCUCUGCCAGACACUGCCAGGAAUCGUUGGUGCGGCUGAGCAUCUGUCCUGUCCUCCACCGCCUCCCCCGGCGCGAUCAUGUCGGCACCCAACGACUACGGCCAGCAGGCCGCCUUCCAACAGGGGCAACAGGCGCCUUAUGCUGAUGAUGGCCAGGCCUACGGGAACCCGGCCGGCUCGCCUCCCCCUCAAGCGAGCCAGCAGCCUGGCGAGGGAGGAGGCAAGAAGAAGAAGAGGGCCUACGCUGCCCAGGCCUUUGAUGUCGGCAGCGGCGCGAAUGCUGCCGUGGGCGGCCAGCUCCCAGGCGGCGGCCAGUUUGGCACCCCCCAGCCCGUGGCUGCCGGCUACGGCUACCCAGGCCAGGACGCACAACCUCAGCCUGCACCGUACGGUGCUGCCCCACAGACGUACGGCUCGCCGGCUCCUGCCACCCCGGGCUUCCAGCCGCCCGAUGCUUACGGCGCUCCCGCGCCCGGCGUGGGCGGCAUCACGCAGGGCAUGGCAGGCAUGCAGAUGGGGCCGGGACCGGGACAGCCAGCGCCGCAGCAGAUGCCUCCCCAGGCGCAACCGCGCAUCGGGCCCCUCAACCAGCUGUAUCCGACGGACCUCUUGAACCAGCCCUUCAACGUGUCCGAGCUGGACCUCCCGCCUCCCCCGAUCAUCCUGCCCCCGAAUUCCAGCUGCACUCCCUCCCCGGAGGCGAACUGCCCGCCAAAGUUUAUCCGAUCCACGCUCAACGCCGUGCCCACGACGCACUCCCUCCUGAAGAAGUCCAAGCUGCCCUUUGCCCUGGUCAUACAGCCAUACACGUCGCUUCACGACCUGGACGACCCGGUCCCCGUCGUCCAGGACCAGGUCAUCUCGCGCUGUCGGAGAUGCCGGUCCUACAUCAACCCAUACGUCACCUUCCUCGACCACGGGCACAGGUGGCGCUGCAACAUGUGCAACCUCUCCAACGACGUCCCCCAGGCCUUCGACUGGGACGCGGCGGCCCAGAAGAGCGUCGACAGGUGGCAGCGGGCUGAGCUGAACCACUCCGUCGUGGAGUUCGUCGCGCCCCAGGAGUACAUGGUCCGGCCCCCACAGCCCCUGGUCUACCUCUUCCUGUUCGACGUCAGCUAUGCGGCUGUCUCCACGGGGCUCCUGGCGACGAGUGCGCGGACGAUCCUGGACAGUCUCAACAGGAUCCCCAACGCCGACCGGCGCACCCGCCUCGGCUUCGUCGCCGUGGACUCUAGCCUGCACUACUUCUCGAUCCCCAAGGAUGCCGAUGAGAACGGCGAGACCAGCAUGCUCGUCGUCAGCGACCUGGACGAGCCGUUCAUGCCGGUGCCUACCGAGCUCCUGGUGCCCCUGACAGAGUCGCGCCAGAGCAUCGAGAACUUCCUGACCAAGCUUCCGGACAUGUUUGUCAACAACCAGAACAACGGGUCCUGCAUGGGGUCGGCCCUCCGGUCUGGCCACAAGCUCAUCUCCCCGCUCGGGGGCAAGAUUGUCGUCCUCAGCGCCUCCCUGCCGAACCUGGGCCACGGCAAGCUCGAGAUGAGGGAGGACAAGAAGCUCCUGGGGACCUCCAAGGAGAGCAGCCUGCUCCAGACCGCAAACAGCUUCUACAAGAGCUUCGCCGUCGAGUGCUCCAAGAACCAGGUCUCGAUCGACAUGUUCCUGUUCUCCUCGCAGUACCAGGACGUCGCGUCGCUGAGCAACCUCCCGCGGUACACCGGCGGCCAGACGUGGUUCUACCCCGGGUGGAAUGCCGGACGGCCCGAGGACGCCAUCAAGUUCGCGUCCGAGUUCAGCGACUACCUCUCGUCCGAGAUUGGCCUGGAGGCCGUGCUGAGGGUGCGCGCCACCACUGGUCUGAGGAUGAACACCUUCUACGGCAACUUCUUCAACCGGAGCUCUGACCUUUGCGCGUUCCCGGCCUUCCCCCGCGACCAGUGCUACGUGGUCGAGGUCGCCAUCGAUGAGACCCUGUCCAAGAGCAUGAUCUGCAUGCAGGCCGCCGUCCUCCACACGACGUGUAACGGCGAGCGCCGCAUCCGGGUCAUGACGCUGGCCCUGCCCACGACCCAGAGCCUGGCGGACGUGUAUGCUUCUGCCGACCAGUGCGCCGUCACCACCUACUUCAGCCACAAGGCGGUGGAGAGGGCGCUGGGCAACGGCCUGGACUCGGCCCGCGACUCCCUGCAGACCAAGAUCAUCGAGCUGCUGCAGACGUUCAGGAAAGAGCUGGCCGGGGGCAGCAUGGGCGGCGGCCUCCAGUUCCCUGCCAACCUGCGCGGCCUGCCGGCCCUGUUCCUCGGGCUGAUCAAGAACGUGGGCCUGCGGAAGUCCGCGCAGAUCCCCUCGGAUCUCAGGUCCGCGGCCCUGUGCCAGCUCUCGACGCUGCCGCUGCCGCUGCUGAUGCAGUACAUCUACCCGCGGCUGUACUCGCUGCAUGACAUGCCCGACAUUGCGGGCACCCCAGACCCCGAGACGAGCCAGAUUGUCCUGCCGCCCCCCUUGAACCUCUCCUCUGAGCGCUUCGUCUCGUACGGCCUGUACCUCAUCGACGACGGCCAGACACAGUUCCUGUGGGUCGGGCGGGACACGGUGCCUGCGCUGCUCCAGGACGUGUUCGGGGUGGCCGACCGGACGCAGCUCCACGUCGGCAAGGGGACGUUGCCAGAGCUGGAGAACGACUUCAACGAGCGCGUGCGCGCCGUCAUCUCAAAGAGCAGGGACUACAGGUCCCGCGGCGUGGGCAGCAUCAUCCUGCCCCACCUCUACAUUGUCCGCGAGGACGGCGAGCCGAGCCUGAAGCUCUGGGCACAGACCUUGCUGGUAGAGGACCGGGCAGACCAGGGCAUGAGCUUCGCGCAGUGGAUGGGAGUGCUGCGGGAGAAGGUCGUCCAGUGAUGCAAUCACGAGGCAUGUUUUAAGUAGCGAUAACAAUUGUAUAGAUUCCCAACGGCAUUUUCUGAAACGGUCUCCGUGGGGCUACCCUUCCUUGGAGGAGAAAGACAGCUCAGUGCGCUCUGGUGCAAUCACAAAAAACGACGCGGUGGCCCGGCGUCGGGCCCGUGCCGGCCAGUCAAGGUCAAGCUGGCCCGGCAUGGGCCGGCCCUUAGUAAUGAGACGAAGUCAUGCAGGAAACAAAAAAAAUCAUACUUGUGAAUGCCGUGUUUCGAACCAGAUGCAUGCAUGCCUGCACACCCCAGGGCAGACCUGCCUGGCGACCCAUGCGUAAAUGGCGUAGUACCUCAGCGGGCAGUCCGGCCCGGGACCGAUGUCAAACGGCCCCAGAACCCGUCCGAUGCGGAGGCCAUCUAUCAGCCGCGCCGCGCCCCCCAAUCCCGAGGUUUCCUCUUGUUUCUAUCAGGGCCCGUUAUUAGCAGACGCAUGAGGUCACCGGGCCUGGAAGGAUGGCCGCGCUGUGGCUGAGCGGGCGUGGGUCAGUCAAGACUCGCUCACGCACGACCCGUAAGCAACAGCCUCGAUCCACAAGAUCGGCGCCCCAAACGUGGCCGCAGAGUGGAAGGGCUGCUAGAGAGACCUGCCCGGCCCCUUGGUGCGUCCUUCCGGGCCCGGCGGCCCAAAAAUAGACAGAUGGCCAGGUCAAGAUGAUGAUGGUCCGCGUGCGGCACAGCAGGACAGGACACAAACGGUGCACACCGCACACUGCACACUGCACACUGCACGCACACAAGGCCACCUCGCGUGAGGCGUACGGUACCACGGUGGUAGGUGGGGUGCGGCUGUGGGCUGGUCGUGUCGUGUGGUUGAUUAUAGAAUGCCAAAAUGACCAGAGACGGGUCCGUCCUGGGGCAAGGGGCGGGUCAUUUAGCUUGACGACUGGACCCCCGGUGGAUGAAACGGGCCUCCCAGGAACCAAUGUGCGCUGAAACACACGCGCCCAGCAGCUUACGGCUGGCGCGUAACGUGGGCGCUGGUUGGCCUGUGGGGCCAGUCACAUCUGGGACCUGACGGCACUUGGGUGAUUAUUAGCCGGGUGCGUUGGGGGAGUCUUCCAUGGCUGGCGGCUGUGGUUGGCCAGUGCUGUUGAUGCAUCGAGAUAUCUGUCGCGACCAUCUGCCAUGCACCAUCUCGCCUCUGCUGACAGGAGGCCCUGGCCGAAUGGGAGGUACGGAUCGAGACAAAGGAGUGCAAUCCAGCCAGCCAACGGAUGCGGCUCUACGACGACAGGAUGGUGACAAUGGCCCUUGGGAGGCGGGCCAUGGGACUGGGGCAGGGCCUACUGCCACAGCCCGGUGCCCAUAUUAAGACAGGCUGGUUUGUUGUCUCGUCCGAGGCCCCUUGGAGACCUGGACCCGGGGAGGCAGGAUGGGGCCGUGAGCAGAGGAGAGGAGAGGAGGAGUUGUUGAUGAUGAUGAGGUAGCAGGUUCUACUACUGGCCUGCUGGCCCGGUAGAUUAGUACAUAUCAUCGGCCCUGCCGCCGUACAAGCCAGUAGGUUCCUUCUUGCCUCUCUCCAGCCAGACACGGGAUAGCCCCCUCACUCGUCAAAGGAAACCUCGUCGACCCUUUUUCUUCCACCCUGCCCUCCUCACCUUGGUCUUGCUCCCCUCUCCCGACCUGCCUCACCUCGCCUGCUUGCCCUCAACCGAGUCCUCGCCCCAGACCACGAGCCAAUCGUUUCCAGAGCAGCGAGCUCCUUUCUUUCCAA